UCUGUGGGGGGGCCAGUUGAUUGCCAGUCUUGGGGCCAGAAGGGUGUCUGAGGAGGCCUGAGGCUGGCCUGAGCCUGGCUCUGGGGAUCCCCUCCAUCUAGAGGAACCAACUAACCACCCUGUUCACCUGCUGCCGGGACCAUGGGGGCUGGGGCCAGCGCCGAGGAGAAGCACUCAAGGGAGCUGGAAAAGAAGCUAAAAGAAGAUGCCGAGAAGGAUGCUCGAACCGUGAAACUGCUGCUUCUGGGUGCCGGUGAGUCCGGGAAGAGCACCAUUGUCAAGCAGAUGAAGAUUAUCCACCAGGAUGGGUACUCUCUGGAAGAGUGCCUCGAGUUCAUUGCCAUCAUCUACGGCAACACACUGCAGUCCAUCCUCGCCAUCGUGCGUGCCAUGACCACGCUCAACAUCCAGUAUGGAGACUCUGCGCGCCAGGACGACGCCCGGAAGCUGAUGCACAUGGCGGACACCAUCGAGGAGGGCACGAUGCCCAAGGAGAUGUCAGACAUCAUCCAGCGGCUGUGGAAGGACUCGGGUAUCCAGGCCUGUUUUGAACGCGCCUCUGAGUACCAGCUCAACGACUCGGCGGGCUACUACCUCUCCGACCUGGAGCGCCUGGUAACCCCGGGCUACGUGCCCACUGAGCAGGACGUGCUGCGCUCGCGUGUCAAGACCACGGGUAUCAUUGAGACUCAGUUCUCCUUCAAGGACCUCCACUUCCGGAUGUUCGAUGUGGGCGGGCAGCGCUCUGAGCGCAAGAAGUGGAUCCAUUGCUUCGAGGGUGUAACCUGUAUCAUCUUCAUCGCGGCACUGAGCGCCUACGACAUGGUGCUGGUGGAGGACGACGAAGUGAACCGCAUGCACGAGAGCCUGCACCUGUUCAACAGCAUCUGCAACCACCGCUAUUUCGCUACCACGUCCAUUGUGCUCUUCCUCAACAAGAAAGACGUUUUCUCAGAGAAGAUAAAAAAGGCGCAUCUCAGCAUCUGCUUCCCUGAUUACGACGGGCCCAACACGUACGAGGACGCGGGCAACUACAUCAAGGUGCAGUUCCUGGAGCUCAACAUGCGACGCGACGUGAAGGAGAUCUAUUCCCACAUGACUUGCGCUACCGACACACAGAACGUCAAGUUUGUCUUCGAUGCUGUCACCGAUAUCAUCAUCAAGGAGAACCUCAAAGAUUGCGGCCUCUUUUGAGGUGCUUGAACUCACGUGUGUCCCUGACACCCGGUAGCCCUAGCCACCUCGUAGCCCUAGCACACAAGAGCCUCUCAGCCCCCCAGGACUCCUGGGCCCCAGCGUGAGGCCCCACCAGCCACGCCACAGAUCCAAAGCCCCGAGCCCCACCAGCCUUGAGGCCCCAGCCCUCCCCCGUGGUUCCCAGGUCUCCCAGAGCCAGGUACCCCCAACCCGACUGCUGCCCUUCACGGCCUGGCUGCGCUGGCCUCCAGGACCCAUCCCAGCCAGCCCCAGCUAGGAGCAGGCAGGACUUGGGGCAGCUAGAGCUCACAGUGACUCAGCAUGCCCAACUGACCAAUCUCUUACAGGUCUCUCCGCAGGGGGCCCAUGACUCACCUGGUGGGUCUGGGCUCGGCAAACAGCCCUCCCUCCCAGUUUCCUGAAGAGCAGGGGGGGCAGGCAGGGAUCCCUCCUCCAAGCAGGCCUGCUGCUGACCAUCAGCCCAUUCCAGCCUUACCACCUCCAUGUGACAAAUCUGACACCUGUCUCUACCCGGUGGCCAGUGACUGUCCCUCUCAGUAGCUUCAGGAGUCCAAAGUCCAAGUCAGUCUGGCCUGUGCAGCUCCUGCAUAGAUGAAUUAAUGAGUGGAGGCAGGCCUGGGAGACCAUGGGCGCCAGGAAGAGACUCAAGCUGUACCCUUCCCCAUACAGCAGGCUCAGAGUACCCCCUAGACCCUCCACCCACAGGCUCUGCCCCCUUUGUCCUUGUCCUUGGACACCAGAUCCAUGUCCUACCUCACCACCACCCCGCCCACAGUACUCCAGGCCAGCCGGCCAAGGGGACGGUGUUUUGAGGGAGGGUACUGUUGACACCAGCUGUGGCCAAUGGUCAAACUGUCCUGAGGGGUGGCUGGGGGCAGAGUCCGGCUCCUAUCGAUCAGCCCCAGGCUGGGACAUGACUGAGGCCCAGGUUGGGCCCAAGAGGGGUCUACCUCAGGUGGGGUCAUAAGUAAACCCAGGUAACCCUCUUGUCCCUCUCACCCUUUCCAUUCAGGGUCCAUUUGCUGGCAGGAAAAACUGAGGGCCAUGCCUGAAUUUUGUUAGGGACAAAGGCCCAAGUCCCUAUAUCCCUGCCCCCUACUUCCUCAUCAAGCCUCGAGUCCUUGCUGAUGCCUGUGGGCCAGGACCUAUGCUGCAGUGGGGGAUGGGGGGUUUCUGUCUCGCAAGGCCAGAGCACGAUCCACACUCCCCUCAGAUAGAUGCACAGACUCAGCAAUAAACCUUUGCAUCAGGCCCCAGCUGUCCUUUCUUGUGGGGAAGGGAAGAGCAUUAAUUAUCAUGAGUUACGGGCACUUACUAAGUGUCCAGUGUUGGGCUGGACAUGAAUGGGAAGAUCAUCCCUUCCAGGGAGAAGCACCUGGCCGGACGUGGCAGGAGCACUCUUGGGGGCAUGGGACUAACCUGUGCCUCUUGAGAGGGGCUGAAGGAAAAAGGAGCCCUGGGAACUGUUCACAGGAACAAUCUUGGAUCAAGAAGUUCUGGGGUAGAAGCUUAUUCUGGCAGGGAGAGUAGGGUGUAUAAGGCCCAGAAAGAGGGGCUUGGGGGCCAUAGUUCAAUAGGGCAGGAAUAGGCAAAGGGGACACGGGGUGGGGAGACAAUAGGCAGGUGCCAAGUGCCAGCCUGAGGGCCUAGGCUUCCUCCAGAAGAUGAUGGGUCUUGGAAGCCCUUGAAGCUAGGACAUAAUAGCAGGGCUGGGAUUGGGGUGAGGCAAAAGAGGUACUCACCUUUGGGUGCAAAAUUUAAGGUGGUGCCAAAAAGUUCAGUGAUCAAGAUAAGUAAUAUUUUGAUGCAAUACGUUUUAAAUUCAAAAUCACUGCAAAAAAAAAAAAAACCCUCA